AUGGCUUCACAGAUAUUGCCUUUGGAAUUGAUUGAUAAGUGCAUUGGGAGUAGAAUCUGGGUUAUCAUGAAGAAUGAGAGGGAAUUCGUUGGUACUUUACAAGGAUUCGAUGACUUCGUUAACAUGGUCAUGGAGGAUGUAACUGAGUAG